UUCUAGCAUGUAAUCCCAAAUUGUCAUAUUGUUAACCGAUAAAACUUAAACCUAAUAGUCUUGCCUUUAAAUAUUACAUUAAACCAACUUUCAGCCCACGUUGUAUAAUGUGAUGCCACAUGUAUUGGUCUCUUUACCGGACGAGCUACUCGUCGGUAUUUUUAAGUUCUUAGACGUUGUAUCACUUGCACAAGUUUGCUUAGUUUGCAGGAAGCUUAACGCAAUUGCGAGUUGCAACGCGGUGUGGUUGCCUCGUAACGAGAAAGUUCUCAACAAAACAUUACUCCCAGGGAAUUCUGUAAAGGAACAAUGUCGUUUAUCAAAAAAGUGGACCAAGGGUCUUGGAUACUGUUUAAAACUACAAGGAUACCCAAGAAGCUUUAUGCCUUGGAUUGAGAUAUCACAUCAGAAGUUAUACAUCACCCAAGGUGAUACUGUGCAGAAAUACCUCUUGAAAAAUGAAGUCAAUUCCUCCAACUGCCAACUUAAACGCAUGGGAAGAUCAGUGAUCAAACAUGAAGGAAUGUUCACACCACGUCAUGGAGAUGAUGUGUAUCAAUUCCGUGUUCACAACAAUGUACUUGUAUGUGGGGGGUGGAAUGGCUAUUUAAGUUGGACAGAUCUUAAUUCUGGCAAAACAAGAAUCAAAACAAAGUCUCAUGAAUCUGAUGUGCACGCCGUUGAUUUUCGUGAUAAUGUCAUUGUAUCUGGAUCAAGAAAAGAAGAUUUAAAAAUCUGGCGUUUUAACGACGAUUUCACAAACGUCUCCGAGUGCAGCUCGACCAACGCGAUGGACAGAGUUCUCUCGUUACGAAUUAACCCAAAGUUUAGUUCAUUUGUAAGCGGAACCAGUGGAAUUCGUGCCCACCCCUUGCGAGUAUGGGAUCUAAGCAGAGGCGAAUUUUUACACCAACUCGGCAAAAAUCACCGACUGGGCGGCGGACCACUUGACAUUGAGUACACGGGGCCCCACACAUUAGUUUCAGCUGGAUAUGACACGUACAUCAAACUAUGGGAUAGUCGUUUAUCUAAUAGCCACUGCGUUCGAAGUUGGGAGGAACCGCAUGACAAUACCAUCUAUUGCGUCACAACAGACUGUGGUCACAUGAUCGUUUCAGGGUCAUGUCGUCAUGGUGUCGUCAGGUUAUGGGACAUGAGAAUGACGAAAUGCUUACAGUCAUUCUACUUUGGUGGUCGGCAUGUCAACAGUCCUGUAUACUCCGUCCAAACAACAAGAACACACCUUUUUGCCGCGCUCGCGAAGGGACUUUUUGCUAUCGAGUUUACAUAAAGAAGUCUUGUGUAGAUUUAGUGCAAUAUUUUGUUAGUAUAACGUUUUUAAACCAUUUAGUUUCGAACCCUUGAAAUAUCAUGUUGGUUUUUCGAUAAA